CCUAUGACCACAGAUGUCCUAUUGACUGGGAGAAAGCGGUACUGGACGCCGCGAGGGACUUGUUGCUUAAUAACGCUUUUGGGGGGUUAUCCCUGAAGUGUCUUUCGACUAACUUUGUUCGAGGCCUGUCUCGUAAGGCUUAUCAUGGCUUCCGGUCACACGGUGUUGAUGCGGUUGGUAGCCUCAGCAUAUUCGAUUGCUCAGAAAGCAGGAGCAAUAGUCAGGCGUGUUAUUGCUGAAGGAGACCUGGGCAUCGUGGAGAAGACCUGUCCAACGGACCUGCAGACCAAAGCGGACCGACUGGCACAAAUGAGCAUAUGCUCUUCCCUGGCACGGAAAUUCCCCAAACUAACCAUCAUAGGGGAAGAGGACCUGCUUUCUGAAGAAGUGGAUCAAGAGCUGAUUGAAGAUGGUCAGUGGGAAGAAAUACUUGGGAAACCUUGCCCGUCACAGUACAGCACCAUUAAAGAGGAAGACCUUGUGGUCUGGGUUGAUCCUCUGGAUGGUACCAAGGAGUAUACUGAAGGUCUUCUUGACAAUGUAACAGUUCUUAUUGGAAUUGCUUAUGAAGGAAAAGCCAUAGCAGGAGUUAUUAACCAGCCGUACUACAACUACCAGAACAAUGAGAAGCAGAAGUUAAGGGAACACAGGAAUGAAGCAAAGGCAGGAGCAGAUGCUGUGCUGGGAAGGACAAUCUGGGGAGUUUUAGGGUUAGGUGCCUUUGGGUUUCAGCUCAAAGAAGUGCCUGCUGGGAAGCACAUUAUCACAACCACGCGAUCCCACAGCAACAAGCUGGUCACUGACUGUGUUUCUGCCAUGAACCCGGAUGAUGUGCUGCGAGUGGGCGGAGCAGGAAAUAAGAUUAUUCAGCUGAUUGAAGGCAAAGCCUCUGCUUAUGUAUUUGCAAGUCCUGGAUGUAAGAAGUGGGAUACUUGUGCUCCAGAAGUUAUAUUACAUGCUGUGGGAGGCAAGUUAACGGAUAUCCAUGGGAAUUCCCUUCAGUACAACAAGGAAGUGAAGCACAUGAACUCCGCUGGCGUCCUGGCCUCACUGAGGAAUCACGACUACUACGCAAGCCGAGUCCCCCAGUCUGUUAAAAACGCUCUCGUCCCUUAGAGGGACACCUCACUGACAUAGCUAGGAGGACAGCUGCAGGGAGAGAGGACAGGUGACCUGUUCCUGAGCUCUCAGCCCUGGGUCAGAUCACAGAUUUCCAUGCUGACACUGAAGAAAUGCUGAAGCUCUUGGACUUUGGCAGUCUGUCCAACCUGCAGGUCACUACACUGAGGAUGAAUUUCAAAACACCACCUGGAGCCAUUUGAAUCUUUCAGCUGUGCUAUAUCAAUGAACCAUGGACAACUUAAAAAAAAAAA